AUGACCCACCGCUGCAGGAGAUCCUCCGGUCUCUGGAAGAUCGUGGUGUGGGAUGAGGCUUUCUUCCAGGGCAAGAAGCGCGAGUUCACCGCCGACUGCUACAGCACCCUGGAGCACGGCUUCAGCACCGUCCGCUCCUGCAAGAUUGAGAGCGGGGCGUGGGCAGGCUUCGAGCACUGUGGCUUCCAGGGGCAGCAGUUUGUGCUGGAGCGUGGCGAGUACCCGUGCUGGGAGGCGUGGAGCGGCAGCAACGCCUACCACGUGGAGAGGAUGUGCUCCUUCCGCCCCAUCGCCUGCGCCGACCGCGGGCACAGCAGGCUGAUGCUCUUCGAGCAGGAGAACUUCCAGGGCAGGCGGGGGGAGCUGAGCGAUGACUGCCCCUCGCUGCCCGCCCUGGGCUGGGGCAGCAGCACCGUGGGCUCCUUCCUCGUCCACUCCGGCACGUGGGUCUGCUCGCAGUACCCAGGGUACCGGGGCUUCCAGUACCUCCUGGAGAGCGACAGCCGCGCGGGCGAGUACAAGCACGUGCGGGAGUGGGGCUCCCACGCACAGACGGGCCAGGUCCAGUCCAUCCGCAGGGUCCAGCAGUGA